GCCUAUACCUGAAAGAAACUGAGUAACUAAAGAGAUUUUGUUUCAGACCGUCUUUUGGACAUCGCUAGAGGCGGUGUUGCUAUGAAACGCUGGUAACUCAACCACCAACCAAAGAAGAAGAAGAAGAAGAAGAAGAAGUGAAGCGGAAGUUUGGGCGGAGCAACGAAGACCACAAAUCAAAAUGGCGGCGACCAUGAGUAACGUGGAAGAAAUCCGAAAUCGAGUAAUACUAGGAGAAUAUGGUCUCAAAAAUGUUCAUACAUCUGAUUUCCCUGGAAACUACCCUGGAUAUGAUGACAUCUGGGAUAUGCAGAAGUUUCAAAAGAACUUCAGGAUUGACAUCGUGCAUAUGGAUGAGAGCAGUAUGGAGUUUGAUAUGCUGGGAAUCGAUGCAGCCAUCGCCAAUGCCUUCAGAAGGAUCUUAUUAGCAGAGGUACCUACCAUGGCGAUAGAAAAGGCAUUUAUCUAUAACAACACAUCCAUCGUCCAGGAUGAAGUCCUCGCCCACAGAUUAGGCCUCAUCCCCAUCAAAGCUGACCCUCGCCUGUUUGAGUACAGGAACGCUGGUGAAGAAUCUGCUGAAGAGGAAGGUUCAGAAAUAGACACAAUUCAGCUACAGCUGAAAAUUAAAUGCACCAGAAACCCCAGAGCCAGCAAAGAGUCUUCUGACCCACGGGAGCUGUAUCUGAACCACAUGGUGUAUUCCAAAGACAUAAAGUGGGUCCCUAUUGGGAACCAGGCAGAUGUGUUUGCAGACUCCAGCAUUGGACCAGUGAAUGAUGACAUCCUGAUAGCUCAGCUACGACCAGGGCAGGAGCUGGACAUUAUCAUGCAUUGUGUCAAAGGAUUAGGUAAGGACCAUGCAAAGUUCUCUCCGGUAGCCACAGCCAGCUACCGCCUGCUCCCAGAGAUCACCCUGCUGGAGACAGUGGAGGGAGAGAAGGCAGAGCGUUUAAAGCGCUGCUUCUCAAGAGGCGUGAUAGACCUGGAGGAUGUUAACGGGGAAAAAGUUGCCAAAGUAGUGAACAGUCGACUGGAUACAUGCAGCAGGGAAGUCCUCCGACAUGAUGACCUGAAGAAUGUGGUGAAGCUCGGGAGAGUGCGAGACCAUUUCAUCUUUACUGUGGAAUCUACUGGCAUCCUGCCUCCAGAGGUACUGGUUACAGAGGCCAUCAAAGUCCUCAUGGCCAAGUGUCAAAGGUUUCUCAAUGAACUGGACUCUGCUGCCAUGGAGUAAAAAAAACAACUGAGCAUGCUAACACCAACCACCGAGGAUCUGACGUUGAAAUGAACAACAGCCUAUCAGGGCUUGAAUAUAUGAUACAGUGCUUUCAAUUGAAUAGCUUUGUUAUAAUUUGGCAGUAUUGAUGAAAACUGUACUGAAUUUCAAAGAGCAGAUUUGUCAUGUUUGUUAGACUUGCUUGUAAGUAUGUAAAUACUUUUGUUUGUAGGAUUUUGUAUACCAUUCUUCAGUUUUUCUUAAAAUAAAGAUACAUAUAACAUAUACACAAUAAACUGACAAAAUUGA